CUGAUUUCCUUCAAUAGCAAUUUUCGUAAAAACAGAUUUCCACCGAAGAAAAACAACAAGUUGAAAAAACGAUGACUCGUUGGUUUUUAGUUGUUUCUUUUACAAUUCUUAUUGAAUACAGUCGGAUCUCUGGCUUCAUAGUUUCGGAUCGGUUUUAUGAUUUCGUACUUCAGGAUAAGAUGCACAACGACUGGAUUUUGCAGACGAUUGAAGAUGGCCACAUGAUCUCUUGCCUCCAAAAUUGUUGGAAUAAUACUGACUGCAGCGGAGUAGCCAUUGGCGGUUUCACGGAAGAUUCGCAGAAUUACAGCCGAAUUUGCCACACGUUGUCCAGCAUAGAUACAACUCAAUGUGACGAUGACGAUUCGUGCAGUGCUGACGGAUAUUCUGUGUUCCAGUUAAAAGAAGAUUGAAGUUUCUUGAAAUCAAUUCUGAUGCUUGAACUUGAAGCUAUUUAUCUUCCACAUAAUUGCUGAAGAAAUUUUUACCGUUUGAUAUGCAC